GUUAUACACAGUAGUUUUUUUCCAGAAUCGUGCAUCAAAUGCUCUUGCAAAAAUGGUGUCUAAAGGACCUCAAAUCUUUUCUCUUAACCUGCAAAGACACAUUUUCCAUUUCCAAAAUCCACGCUUUGGUUAUCACAUCCGGUUUCUUCUUCACCAACGGAACUUCCGCCGCACUUCUGAUAACACACUAUGCCCGAACAGGAGACACUGAUUCAGCCCACAAACUGUUCGACGCUUUGCCUCUGAGAGGCAUCGAUUCUUGGAAUGCUCUGCUCAUUGGGUACUCCCGUGGAAAUAACCCUCUUGAAGUAAUAAACGGUUACAAGAAGAUGAGUUUGGAAUCAGUCAAGCCCGAUAGCUCGACUUUCACUGUAGCCAUCAAAGCCUGCACUAGCUUGUUGGACUUGAAAUCGGGCGAGGAAAUUUGGGGAAACGCGGUCGAACGUGGGUACGAAGAUGACAUUUUUGUGGGUUCCUCUGUCUUGAAUUUGUUCACUAAGUGUGGGAAAAUGGAUGAGGCAAUUAGUGUGUUCGAAAUGAUGAGUAAAAGGGAUGUCGUUUCUUGGAGCACAAUGAUCGCGGGAUUGGUGAAGGUUGAGAGGCCCAAAGAGGCAAUUGCUUUCUAUAGAAGAAUGCGUAAAGAGGGGUUCGAAGGCGAUAAAGUUGUAAUGUUGGCUCUUAUACAAGCUUGUUCUAAUAUCGAAGACUUGAAAAUGGCCUACUCGUUGCAUGGAUACAUUACUAGGAGGUGUUUUUACAUGGAUGUUGUGGUCCAGACGAGCCUUAUAGAUAUGUACGCCAAGAAUGGGAAAUUAGACAUUGCUUCUGCCCUUUUCAGGACAAUGGGUUGCAAGAAUGUUGUCUCUUGGAGCACUUUGAUUUCCGGAUACGCGAAAAACGGGUAUGCUAGUAAUGCACUCGAAUUAUUAAUAGAAAUGCAGAGUUGCAGUUUUGAGCCGGACUUCGUUUCUCUCAUUAGUGCAAUUCUUGCGUGUUCUCAAAUUGGUUCGACGAUAUUGGGUAGGGAAAUACACGGAUAUAUUCUCCGUAGAUUUGUUUUGAAUCAAAUUCUCGUGACUUCUCUCAUCGACAUGUAUGCAAAAUGUGGAUCUUUGUUACACGCACAUUUGUUGUUCGAAAGAAUGAGUGAUGGAGAUUUAAUACAUUGGAAUACUAUUAUUGCGAGUUAUGGGGCCCACGGGAAAGGAAAGGAGGCUCUCUCGAUUUUCCGUAAAAUGAUCGAGACGAAUACGAAACCCGAUCACGUGACUUUCGCGUCUCUUUUUUCAGCACUGUCUCAUUCCGGAUUAGUCGAAGAAGGGCGUUUUUGGUACAAUGCAAUGAUUAAGGAUUACAAAAUUGAGCCGAUGGAGAAACAUUAUGUGAGUUUGAUCGAUCUUUUAGCACGAGGUGGAAGAGUUGAGGAAGCUUUGAGUUUGAUUGAAUCGAUGAAAUGCGAACCUGGGAUUGGUGUCUGGGUGGCUCUUCUAUCGGGUUGUCUUAACCAUAAGAAGUUCUUGAUUGGUGAGGUGGCGUCGAAGAAGAUUCUAGAACUAAAGCCGGAUAAUAAUCCGGGGGUUUAUACACUUGUUUCGAAUUUCUUUGCUGCUGCAGGAAAGUGGGAUGACGUGGCACUUGUGAGGAAGAUGAUGAAAAGCGAAGGAAUGAAGAAAAUUCCGGGUUAUAGUGUUGUUGAAGUCAAUGGAAAAGGCCAUGCUUUUCUUGUGGAAGAUAAAUUUCAUACUCAAUAUGAAGAUAUUUUGAAGGUUUUGGAAGUAAUUGAGUUUGAAAUGAGAGAUAUUUGUUAUUUAGCUAAGAUAAAUCUGUUUUAAAAGUUUCUGCAAAUACGAUUUUUCAGUAAAUACGAAAAAAGUCAUCAUAUUUGUCGAUAACAUCAUUCAAGAACCGGAAAAUCUCUACCUUAGUAACCGUCAAAAAGUCGUAAUUCGUUUGUUGUCAAAACAAAAAAAA